AAGUUUCUUAAGACCCAUUUCCCAUUUACCCUUGACCCUACUCAAAGGAGUCCAAUAAGAACAAGAGAUGAUUAAGCCAACGAACCAAAAUCUCCUUCUAGCCCUCGCCUCCACCAAUCCGUGCCUUUCCCGCCAAAUCAAACGGUCAUAUUUUCAUACCAAGGCUGAUUUCAUCCAACACCUCCGACGCUGCAACCACUUCCUUUCUUCAACCUCAGCACAUGCAUUCCUCCUGAAAUCCGGACUCUUAACCGACACUGUCACAACUAAUCACCUCAUCAAUUCGUACGUCAGGCUGUCGAGAAUCGAAGAUGCCCAGCAGUUGUUCGAUGAAAUGACUGAACCAAAUGUUGUUUCAUAUACUUCACUCAUGGUGGGUUAUGUCAACUUGGGUCAACCCCAGAAUGCUCUGUGUCUCUUUAGAGAGAUGGGAAGAAGAUGGGUUAUGCCAAAUGAGUUUACUUUUGCCACUCUAGUCAAUGCGUGUUCGAUUCUUGCAGAUCUUAGAAUUGGCAGAAAGAUCCAUGCCCAUGUGGAGAUUCUGGGUUUUCAACGCGACCUUGUGGUGUGCUCUUCACUUGUUGACAUGUAUGGGAAAUGCAAUGACAUUGAUGCUGCUCGCCUGGUUUUUGAUUCCAUGCCCAUGGAUUGUAGAAAUGUUGUUUCUUGGACUUCAAUGAUAGCAGCGUGUGCACAGAAUGCAAGAGGGAAUGAAGCGCUUCAAGUUUUCAGAGAAUUCAACUGGUUCAUAUCUGAUUAUCCUAAUGAGUUCAUGUUGGCUAGUGUUGUUAAUGCUUGUGCAAGUCUGGGGAGGCUUAAUUCAGGGAAAACCACACAUGGAGCUGCGAUUCGUCAUGGCCAUGAUUGGAAUGAUAUAGUUGCCACUGCCUUGGUAGACAUGUAUGCCAAAUGUGGAUUUAUUACUUACUCCAAUAAGGUUUUUCAGAGAAUUUCAACUCCUUCAGUGAUCUCUUACACUUCCAUGAUUGUGGCUGCUGCAAAAUAUGGGCUCGGGAAAAUAUCUCUGGAACUGUUUGAUGAAAUGCUUAGCAGAAGAAUAAGGCCCAAUGAUGUCACCUUUGUGGGCGUUUUGCAUGCUUGCAGCCACUCAGGACUUGUGGAAGAAGGCCUUGAACACUUGAACUCUAUGCAGAGCAAACAUGGGGUUGUGCCAGAUGCAAAGCAUUACGUUUGUGUUGUCGAUAUGCUUGGUCGAACUGGUCGUCUCGAUGAAGCUUACCGGUUGGCAAGAUCUAUUGAGGUAGGCAUUGAUGAAGGUGCCAUCUUGUGGGGCACGCUACUCUCCGCUAGUAGACUCGAAGGACGAGUAGAUAUUGCUGUUGAAGCGGGUAAGAGGCUACUCAAAUCCAAUCAACAGGUAUCAGGCGCAUAUGUUACCUUGUCCAACACUUAUGCAUUGGCCGGAGAAUGGGAGACUGCACAUAGUCUCCGGUCUGAAAUGAAGCAUAGCGGAGUAUCCAAGGAACCUGGCUGCAGUUGGGUUGAGAUAAAGGAUUCAACUUAUGUGUUCUAUGCUGGAAACACAUCAUGUGAAAGAGGGAGUGAGGUAUUUAACCUGUUGAAAGAGUUAGAAGGGAAAAUGAGAGAAAAGGGUUACACCGGAGGGACUACACGGCUGGCCUACAUCGACAUAGAAGAGGAGGCUAAGAGGGAAAGAUUAGGUCUGCACAGCGAGAAACUUGCCUUGGCUUUUGGGUUACUAAGCAUCCCCAGUGGAGUAACCAUCAGGAUAAUGAAGAACCUGAGAAUGUGCUGGGACUGUCACGAAGCAUUCAAGCUGAUCAGUGAGAUCACAAAGAGGGAUUUUGUGGUGAGGGAUUUGAAUAGAUUUCAUCAUUUUAAAAGUGGGUCUUGCACAUGUAAAGACUUCUGGUGAGGUUAAUCGUAUCUAAUUUUUAUCAAACAAAAGAUUGUUAACAUAAUGGGAAAAAAAAUGUAUCAUAAUAAAAAAAUCCUUGUAUA